AUGAAAGCAGCUCACUCAGAUGAUGAAGGGGUCGGCGAGACCCAUUUUCGAGAGUCCGAAGACUUGUUCUCUCGAACUACAGAACUCUUGCUGGCCCUGGACGGCGAGACAAGACUUGGCGCGUGGUACUGGGAGGACUUCGAGGAUGAAGGCGAGGAAGAAGAGAACGUCCCGGUCAGCCCCAGGAAAAGACAGAGGUUUCUCGAGCAUCCCAGCUCCCUUCGAGGGAAGUACGACAGCAAGCAGCAACGUACGUGCCAGUCACGAUCUCAGACUCCCGCAGACCCAUUCUCUCAGGAAAGUCAGGCGGAUGAUGAGGACGAAGUUGGCAAUCAUUUGAUAGACAGUCUGAACUGCCAGAAAAACUUGAAAGCCGUCACGACACAGCUUCAAGAUUUACGGCAGACGAUUGACGGCUGUUCGCGUUCUCAAGACACGCAAUCAAAGAUACAUCUUCUUGCUCAAGAGACUAAGAAGCUGGGAGAUUUCCAAGAUCGAGAGGAACGUAUUGUUGGCUUGAUUGGGGACACUGGAGCGGGCAAGAGUUCUCUGAUCAACUCGAUUAUGGGUCAAAGGGGGCUCGCACGCUCGAGCGGAGCUGGAGCGGCUUGUACAUCCGUACCGAUGGAAUAUAGAUACCUGGACGACAAGCACCCGACUCCUUACACCAUUGAGACCGACUUCAUGAGUGAAGAAGAGGUCGCUGAGCUCCUGGAAGAACUACUACGCAGCAUCCGACGCGCAUAUAACACAACAGAUCGUACUGUGCUUGCGGAAGAGGACUGGAGUGAAUAUGAAACAAUUGGAGAGAGAUCGUAUGAUACCUUACAGGCUAUAUUCAGGUCUCGCAAGGAGUAUGACUUGGACUACUUUUUGCAGCCAAACAAGGAGCUGGACAUCUUGGAGGAACUGAAACAGACCGCUCUUGAAAGUCUUUCUUUUGGGUCAAAAGGGGAAAGUUCGUUGCACCAUUCCGUUGUUGCUAAAGACCUAGAAGCCUGCAAGAUCGAGUUGGAUCAUCUCACAAGCGAUCCGGAAGACCUCAAUGCACCGGUUCUAUGGCCUUUCAUCAAGCUUGUUCGUAUUUUCCUUCACCUACCAUUACUUGAGCAUGGCCUGGUGCUUGCGGACUUACCAGGCCUGCGCGAUACGAAUCACGCAAGAGUACGAGCUACUGAAAAGUACCUUGCGCACACGUGUGACGAGGUCUUUAUUGUGACUCCAAUAGCGCGCUGUGUUUCGAAUGAGUCGAUUUACGAGAUCAUCAAAAAGUGCGGACAAACAAAGCAGAUCCGCAUUGUCUGUACGCGGGCAGAUGAGAUUUCCCCAGACGAGCUGGCUCGUGGAAAAAGCCCCUUCGCCGAACGGAUUAGAAAGAUCAACGCUGAAAUUGAAUAUCUCGAGACUCGGACACAUGAAAUUGGGCGCGAGAGGAGGACUGCUCGGGGAAACGCGAUGGCCGGACUUGCCAUGAUGGAAGCGAUGAACGAUGAUCAAAUCUACACACUUCAAUUCAAACGGAAAGCCAUUUUGAUGAGCAAUCGCAACGAAUCAGUAAAGAGGGAGCUUCGUGACGCAAUCCAGAAACGAGAGAAUCGCGAAACUCAAACGAUUCGUAUAUUUUGUAUUGGAAAUGAGCUUUACAGAAAUCCACCAUCGAAACUUGCCAAGAAAUACAGAGAUUUGAGCGGAGUUGGUGAGCUGCAGACAUACUGUCGAGGAAUACCUGCAGAAGCUCGAACGGUUUCCGCCGUGGCUUACAUUCAGCAUGAAGUGCCCGCGCUGGUACUCGGUGGUAGUGCUGACAUUUUCAAGGCGCUUCUCUCGCCCUCGGGAUUGUUGAUCGCUGUUCAAAAGGAGGCACUGCCGACUUUUGAGAACCUUGUCAUCGAGCAUCUUCGCUCUCAUGUAGACAAACUAAUGAUGACAGAGUUCAUCACAGUGAGUGAAAAGUGGAGAGGAUGGCACUGGACAAGCUAUGCCGCCCUUUGCAGAAAAUAUGGAACUCAUACGACCAGAAAAAGGGGUUAUUCCUGCUGGAAUGACCAGCUCAAGGAACAAGUGCGGUCAUGGCUCGAUCCCCGUUGGGACAUGGUGGAUGAAUGGCUCUUGGCUCACAAGUUACGCAUGAGCAAGAGUAUCACCGGUCUCUUUGAGAAUUUCUCGACUAGAAUCAAAGCUCAUCGUCACGCAGCUCCAGAUGUCAUUGAAAAUCUGAUUCUUGCCUUGCGGCACCGGGGAGAGAAUAUGCAGCAGGCCCUAUCGCAUUGCAUGUCCGAGUUUCAACAGAAAGUCAAACUAGCGAGGCAACAUACCCUUGAUGGCCACAAUCACAGUGCCUUGAUCGCAGAUCUGAUGCGUCAGGUGUACAACGCAUGCAGCAGAGAGUCAGGAGUAGGCAGCGACAGAAGACGGAAAGAAGCCAUGCAACGCCAUCUAUCCGACCAAGAUUUCUACGCCAAGUAUCUUGAGUCCACCAAGUCUUUCUACCAGAACACAAUCAAAGCCUCCAUGGUGACUGUCAAGAAGGAGUUAGAGGGUCAGAUUGACUUGAUCGCGGGGGACUUUGCCGGCGUGACCAUGUCAAGUGAAGAGACACCCGAGCCGGAAGCAGAGCCGGAACUGGCGAAGGAGCUGGCGAAAAAGAUUCCACUCCUUCAGGAGUCACUGGAUCGUGCUUCAAAGUCGCUGCAGCUGACAAGCAGUUGA